AUGCAAAAGUACGUUUUUGUUCCGGCCGACGUGGCACGCCGACUGAAGGCGGGAAUCUUGGUGGGUUUUCUUGUGGAAAAUGCUAUAGUGAUCAUUCUGGCCGAGGUAAACCCACCUCUUUUGCCUGAUGGAAUGCAAAUUUUGGGCACAAUACUGGAUGGGAGUGCAAAAAGCGAGAUCGGUGAAAACCACAAACCUGGAAGGGAAGCUUCGUCAGAAUCUAAUUCUAUGCUUCUAUCGUUACGUUUUUGUCCACAUCACAAGCGUUUGCGGGAAAAUUCGUCUGCUAAUACCUACAUAUUCGUGGAGUUUGCACCGCCAAACCCUGCCAAUUUGGAGUUUUUCAGUGUUCAACCUGUGCUUCUCCGCAUAUCCAGCGAGAAGAGUGCUUUGUCUCUUGGCAAGGCGUUUUACGGACCAGAGCCGGUACUGGUGCUCUCAAACGACAUCGUAUUGGAAAGAAUAAACCAGUGCCAGCAUUUCCGAUCUCUCUUGGCCCGACUGCGCCGCAAGUCCGGCGUGGAAUAUCGAAGCCUGAAUGAAACGAUAGAUAGAGAUUCCUCCAAUCGGCGUUCAAGGCCAAAAUUAACGUCUAAGUCUUCGUUUAGCCUGCUAUUCGUCUCAGAUUCUUCAAUCAGCACGUCAAAUGUGGGUCUGUUCGAACGCAUGUUCAGCCGUGCGUGUGCCAGUGCGCGCCGCGCGCUUAAUACGCCUAUACGUGGUACUAGUGCAGUGGAUGUGUCUGCAUGGUGCCGUCAACUUGACAUGCGUCUCCGCCAGCUUGCGCACCUACCUACGCAACGUCGUUUGGCUGCACCUUCUUCCACGCAGCCACGUCCUGCAAACGCACAUUAUAUCCGCAUGCAUAAUACACUAUGGUUGAUGGCAAAUGACAUCUUGUGCGGUAUUACGCUUGUGCGCCUAUAUCUGCGGUUCCUGGGUCCUAUUGAUGCGAUGGCUCUUCGUACACUCGACGCACUACUUUUUGAACAUUUAGAAGUACUCAUUGCAUGGAUUGGAUCUCACAAUCCAGCUGGCUUCAAGUUAAACCCCGCCUUGGGAGGCUUCAUGCAAAGCAUGUGUAUAUGGACGUUGCGUGCAUGGCGCAGUACUGCCAACGCUUUUGCACCGGCAGCUUUAUGCAUUUUCCACCGGGCGGUACGUCUCCUGGGCCCGCUAGGUGUAUCCUUUCUUGCUGCAGGUGCUGCAGACGCAACACGUCUUGUGCUGGUUCAUGUCCACUUUAUGAAUGUAGUAACGACGCAUGUUUACCUGCGUCAAUUACAAGCAGUGCGGUCUCUUUGGCAAUUGUUCCGUGGACGCAAGAUUAACGUGCUCCGGAAGCGCGUGGACGCAUUGGAUGAUUCAUGGAGCAUCGAGCGUCUUCUAGCUGGUACAGUACUAUUCACCAUGCUUGUGUAUUUGUUGCCGACGACAGUGGCGUUUUACGUAUUGUUUGCAGGCAUGCGCAUUGCAGUUCUCACCGCAUGCAAGAUGGGCGACAAGGUUGCAGUGCUGUUUACGUUGUAUCCUAUAUUCGUUGUGCUCUUGCGACUUAAAAACUCGCGGAGGCUCCCGGGUGGGGUCUGCUUUGUUCGACGCGGCGCAUGCGGCACGUCAACGUGGUUAGAGAUGCAGAAUCGCCCUGUCGCGCUUGAUGCAGUGAUGCGCGACUUUGUGCGAGUGUUCCAUCAGGAAGGGCGUCUCGUGCAUUUAGCGCGCAGCUUGGCCGAAGGCCGCGCUUUGCAGGUGCAGCGCACUACAGCUAUGAAGGCUCGAUAUCUUGACUUACCGCAGGAGGACCAAGAUGAAAGGAUUGAUGGUAAGUGA